CGAUGGGACAGUCACUAUCGGAACCGGAAACUUCCAAACAGUCAGCCUUCUGUCAGAAUGAUUAUUACAAGGUUGGCUCUAGCUGCAUGCAAGGAUGGCGAAUGCACAUGGAAGACUCCCAUACACACAUACUCUCGCUACCGGACGACCCCGGGACGUCAUUCUUUGCCGUGUACGAUGGGCACGGAGGUGCAAAGGUGGCCGAAUAUGCAGGCAAACACUUGCACAAGUACAUCACCAGCCGGCCAGAAUAUGUCGAUAAUGUAAAGCACGCCCUCAAGCAAGGUUUUCUCGAUCUGGACGAAGCGAUGCUGAGCAAUGAAGCGUUGCGGGAACAGAUGUCCGGUUCGACGGCGGUUGUAGUGCUCAUUAAAGACAAUCGUCUCUAUUGUGCAAAUGCUGGGGAUUCUCGUGCGAUUGCUUGUGUCGAUGGACAUCUGGAUGUGCUGUCGUUCGAUCACAAACCGACGAACGAAAAGGAAAUGGAACGAAUAAGCAGCGCGGGCGGAUACGUGGAGUACAACCGGGUGAAUGGCUAUUUGGCCCUGUCGCGUGCGUUGGGAGAUUUCGGACUGAAGCGCAACGCAAAAAAAUUGCCCAGCGAGCAGAUGGUAACGGCGUAUCCGGAUGUGGAGGAGCGUGAAGUGUCUGAAGGCUGGGAGUUUCUAGUAAUCGCUUGUGACGGCAUUUGGGAUGUGCUGUCUAGUCAGGCCGUGCUAGAGUUUGUGCAGGAAGAAAUUGCUCAAGGGAUCUAUCCGCAGCAGAUUUGUGAAAAUUUGAUGAUGCGCUGCUUGGCCCCGGACUGCCAGAUGGGUGGCAUCGGGGGUGAUAAUAUGACGGUAAUUAUCGUGUGCUUUCUGCACGGUCAACCGUACGAAGAGCUUGUCCAGCGGUGCAAGGAAGCGGUCGCUAAGCGACAAGCACGUACCAAAAAACGGCGCAGUCAUUCGAACCGAUCGCAUGAAAGUGAACCAGAAAGCUCGUUGACACCGCCAGCAUCGGAGAGCGGGGCCGGUAAGGCGGGCAAUGGCCGUUUGGAUGAUGAUUCGUCGGGCAGUGAGAGUGAACGGUCGGAAGAGUUGCAUGCACCGCUGUUGGCGACGAAUUCUAAUGGCAAGGAGGAUGUGACGGAAAGUACAACAGUUGGUAGUGGAGAAAAAGAAGCAACGGAAAACCCAACCUCUUCGUCGGAACCAGCGGCAACAAGCUCGGAGGUAGAGGUAAAGCAGAAGAAACCUCAAUCGGAAAGUAAUAAUGAUAGUGUGGAAGAUAGCAGUGAGGAGAUUGAUCUAAAGUAG